GUAACGCGUCUUGUCUAAAAGACGUGUCGGCUUACGUUUGUGGAAAGUGAUAUAGUAAGAUAACUGUAAAUAUUUGUGAGGGUCCCACACUUCGUCAAACAUAUGUCAGUGUGUUUUACGUAACGAAAUGUAAGAUACACUUGUCACACUUUAGUCGUUAGUUUUGAUGUCAAAAGGACGGCCAUUUCAUGACCAGUUUUGUAUUGCUAACCAACGUGAACACCUAUGUCAAAACGAUAUUAUCGGAAAAAUUUCUCACUCUGUUCCGCUCUGUUCAAACUAAAAGAAAUCGCAGAUCUUUGAAGGUUCUUUUUUCAAGGCUUAAACUGGCUUAGACUCAUUCAAAACUUUCGUUUCGGAGAUGGACUGUGCCUCUUCAAAGUAUGCGUCACACCCCUUCUUUUUUGGCCCUCCACGCGCCUCCUCGACCGCGGACCGCGGCUCCGCGUUUGAGGUCAUGGACCCUGUCCGUAGGAGUCCAGUAGACCAGUCUUAGUCCAGUCGCCGCGCUGCGCUUCGAUGGAUAGCGUGGUCGCAGGUCAGGGCCGCCGUGUUCCGACUUCUGCCAUCACGACAAUGUAUAUGUGUAGAAGCGUGCCUUUGUAUAAAGGAAAUGCCCGAAAAAGACUACCUACACUCUCCUCCACUCCGCCCUCCGCCCACAAAUCCAUGGUUUGUAUUUUUAUUGUACGCGCUUGUAGCACCAAACACUCAGACAACGUUAUGAGAACGUUAUUUCCCAGCCAGAAAUGGCAUGUCGUAACGCCGUCAUUUCGACGUCGUUGGUCGUACCAGAGGUCCAAAAAUACGUCGAAACGAUGAAUUUUUCGACAAGUCGAUGUCGAUUCGACGGAAUAUCGAUACGACGUUUCUGGCUGGGUUUGGUUCUCUGGAGGUUCCGUAAACGUUCUAAGAACGAUAUGUGCUACAAGAGGCGGUGGCACCUUAAUGGGCACCAGGCCAGAGUUUGAGAAAACUUGCUUCUAGGUGCUGCUGUCAUGGAUUGUGUCAGAUGUAACAGGCCGUUCGUCACCGGAGAACGCCCCCUGAUCCCCAAGGUCCUGCCGUGUGGGCACACGGUGUGCCUGCGGUGCCUCCGAGAACAACUGCCUGUCAGCGAGUGCCCGAUAGCGGCGUGCCGGCAGGCAUUCAAUGGCCCACCAGAGGAACUUCCCACCAACUUGGCAUUGGUGAACGUGCUGAAUGUGAUGGUGCGAGAUUUCCGGAACCAGGGGCUCCUGGGCCUGGGGCCCUUGGGCCUAGCGCGCCUGGGCCUGGGGCUGGGGCCCCUAGCGCGCGUGGGCCUGCGACCUAGUCGGAUUCACACUGACAUUGUGUCAGGAGUGUCAAUUUUCUUGCGCUUUGAACUUGACCUUGAAGAAAAACUUAAAUAA